UGCUCAGAAAGUAGGAAGCAGAGGGCGAUUUUAGUGAGCUGGGGAAGCUGGCAGGAGCCUGCUUAUGCCCUCACAGCCACUGGGGUUUUCUGACCCACCCCACGCCCCCUUCUUAGCCCCCAGCAAGCUGCAAGGGGGGCAGGGCUGCAGUCCCAAGCGGCGAUGCUUCCUCCACCCCGGGGAGCAGCGGUCUGGAUGGGUUCAGGAGAGUGAAGGUGGAUGUGAAGAUGUUGGUUUCCUCCUGCCUCCUUUGCAGCAGCUCUGUCCUGGUUUGUGCCACAAUUUUCUUUGGUUUUCAUGUUCGCAAGCUGGAUUGUGCCCAGUUCCAAGUCCUGGGGUCUGAUCACCCCAUCACGGCCACCAUGGGAGGGGACGUCGUGUUGCCCUGUCACCUCUCCCCCAGGAUGAACGCCGAGCACAUGGAGGUGAGGUGGUUCCGCUCCCGGUUUUCCAUCUAUGUGCACCUCUACCACAGAGGGCAGGACCACUUCUCCUCCCAGAUGCCCGAAUACCAGGGGAGGACAGAGUUUUUGAAAGGGGGUGUCUCCGAUGGAAACGUUUCCUUGCGGAUCCUCAGGACCAGGCUGAGCGAUGAGGGACAGUACCAGUGUCUCAUUAAAGAUGGGAAUUUUUAUGAAGAAGCCACUCUGGAGCUGAAAAUAGCAGUUUCAGGUUCCAGCCCACUUUUGUCCGUGGAGGAUUACCAAGAUGGGGGAAUCCGCGUGGGAUGCCGAGCAGCCGGCUGGUACCCAAAGCCUGAGAUGCUGUGGAGAGAUUUCCAGGGGCAGCAGCUUCCUUCCUUUACCGAAUCUGCCUCCCAAGACAAGAACGGCUUCUUCCAGGUGGAAAAGACCAUCAUCAUCCACAAAAACUCAAAGCAAAAUGUGUCCUGUUCUGUCCAGAACACUCGACUUCCCCAGGAGAAGGACUCCUCAAUUUACAUAUCAGAUGCCAUUUUCCCAAAGGUCUCUCCCUGGAUGGUAACUCUCUUUGCUACCCUGGCCGGCUGGUUGUCUUUGCUGAUUUUCUUCCUAGUGUUAAUUUAUCGGCUACGAGCCAAACACGCCACAGAACUUGAGAAACGCAGUGCAGAAAUCCGGGAACGUGAUAUGGAAAUACAGAAACAUGCUGCAGAACUGCGGUGGAGAAAUGCUAUUGUCCCAGUGGAAGAAGUACACGUCACUCUGGACGCGGACACGGCGCACCCCCAGCUCAUCCUCUCCACGGAUGGGAAGAAGGUGCGGCGAGGAGACACGCGGCAACCCAUGCCUGACAAUCCUGAGAGAUACGACACCUACCACUGUGUCCUGGGCCAGGAGGGAUUUGUCUCGGGGAGAUGCUUCUGGGAGGUGGACGUGGGGACGGAGGAAGGGGGGGUCUGGGCAAUGGGGGUGGCCAGGGAGUCCAUGAAUAGGAAGGGGUGGAUCAACCCCGCUCCGCAGGAUGGUAUCUUGGCUCUUUUCCACUGCGGGGGCAAGUACUGGGCUCUGACCUCUCCUGACCACACAGCUCUCCACCUCACCCAGGUGCCCCGGAUGAUUAGGGUUUACUUGGACUUUGAGGGACAGAAAGUAGCCUUUUUCAAUGCUGACAACCAAGACCUGCUCUUUAGUUUCCCGCUGGCCCCAUUGAGUGGGGAGAAGAUCCGUCCCUGGUUCCGCGUGGGACCAAUUGCCCAACUCAGCCUGAAGUCACCUCUUCCAGUCCCGCAUGUCCCCAGCAUGGAGGAAGCUCUGCUCCCUUCAUGUUUCCCUUUGAAGAGCCUCUCCACAGGGCAAAAGACUCCAUGCACACCAGAGGGCAGGGCAUGACCAAGGCUGUGAAAUCCCUGCUGUUGUCUAUAAGUGUCCAAGACUCUUCCAGUUGCAUCGUGCUACUGUGGCGGCCCAAGACUCUUCCAUCUGUGAUUGCACCUCUCCAUCCACCUCAGCAGAACUACCUCAGCUCCUGCUGUGCAUAGUGACAGUAGCUAAGGGGUUUUCUGCUCCUAAGUUGACGUCCCCAAGCCAGCUGCUUGCGCCCAGAAAUUCUCGUUUGCAACCCUCGGCUAUGCAUGGAUGCUAAACCAACAAGGGUGCUGGCACCCACCUGAUGUAUGGAAGGAAAACCCCACCAUGCCAAUGGCAGGUUGUGAGGCUGAGAAGAAGGAGCUGUGCACCUCCACCCUC